AUCACUCUAUAUCAUCAUCAUCAUCAUCACCAUCAUCAAUAUCAAUAGUCUUUUUCUCUGGUCAAUCAGUCACCUUAUAGUUAUCUUUUUCCUUUCUCAGAUCAAUCUAUAUAGCUCUUCAAACUUCUUGAUCAGCAGAUCUAGAUGUGUAUAUAUAGACACAUCAUGUAGCUCUUUCAAUAUUGGAUCGAUAGACUUUUGUUGUCAUUAUAAAUAUAAAUAUAUAUAUAUAUAUAGGUCGAUAAUGGAGAGUAAAAGAUUGAGCAAUCACAACAGCAUGAAAGAGUACUGUAGGAGUAGUAGUACUAGAUCAUCACUUGACACGAUCAGAUCAUCAUAUUCCAACAACAACAACAACCACUUGAUGAUGAUCAAGAACAUUAAACCUAAAGUUAUUACUGAUCAUCACAGUAGCUCCCCAUCAUGGAAAGUCAACAACAACACCAACAACUAUAAUGAAGCAGAAGAAGAAGCUGAAGAUCAAGAAGAAGAAGGAGAAGGAGAAGAAAAUUAUAACAUCAUCAAUGGCUUUUCAUGGCCUCCAAGAUCUUACACUUGUAGCUUUUGCAAGAGGGAAUUCAGAUCCGCUCAAGCUCUCGGCGGCCACAUGAACGUUCACAGGAAAGACCGGGCCAGGCUCAGACAGUCUCCGCCCAGAGAUAUCAUUCAUGGUGGUCAGUAUGGUAUCACUACUACUACUGCUGCUGCUGCUGUUGCUGCUCUUCCUCCUGCUACUACUAGUACUACUGCCAUGUUUAUCAAUCUCAACCCUAACCCUAACCCUAACCCUAACCCUACCUUCUCAUCAGCAAUUUCAACCAGCAGCAGGCUCCCGCCAUUGAUUCCUUAUACUUCACCUAUUUCAUCUUUAUGUUAUUCUCCGUUUAAAUGUUUUGCUGCAAGUUCCCCAAAUGAUGAAAACAAGAAAUGGCAGCCAAUAUUGGAUUACCAUGCCGAUCAUCAUCAAGCAAUAGGGCUUGAUGAUGAUGAUGAUCAUCAUCAUUCUCAAAUCAUGGCCAGCAAAGGCUCAGAUUUGGCCAAAAUGAUGAACCACAAAGAGUCUGUUUAUGGGGACUACGUCAGAUCAGGAAUAAACGAAUGUUUUGUAGAGAAGAACAUGAUGAUGUUUCAUCAUCAUCAGAAUAAUUUGAAGAAGCAGGUGGAGACCACCGCGAAUAGUAGUACUACUGUGAGAUUGGACUUGGAGAUUGGUGUUCUUGGUGAGCCAAAAAUGGGCAGUACCCUGGACUUGGAUUUGGAGCUUCGAUUGGGCUACUCUUAGCUAUAAAUUAAUUCAUUGUUAUUAUAAUUAUUAUCUUGAUCACUAUAUAGUUACAAGGGAAAAGCAAUAUCGUUAGUUUCUUUACCUAAGUGCGCGCGGUCUCAUAUAUAGUCAAGUUAGAGAGACAUAUAUACGCAAACCUGUGCAAGAGAUCAUUAUGUUUCACUCUAAUAUAUGAAAUGUACGUGUGUGUAAGUGCUUAUUA